AUGGAAGAGUUUACUUCAGUACUUUCCAUCAAUCCUGAUGGACUGAUCGACCCGAAGCUUAUUCAUGUGCUAUGGGGUGUUAGUAAGGACUUUGGCGCGAACGGAGUGCGACUAGGUGUGGUUAUUUCCCAAGACAACGGCGACUUGCUUGAAUCGAUCAGAGGGAUCGGGCAGUUCAGUUCGAUUUCGGGCUUCGCGGACUACCUGACGACAACCAUCCUCGAAGACGAAGACUUCGUGGACCGAUAUAUCAAGGAAAACCGCGAAAAGCUUGCUGCAGCCUACAACUAUGUUGUCACCUUCUUGGAUGACCACGGAAUACCCUAUGCAAGAGGGUCGAACGCGGGGUUCUUUGUCUGGUGUGAUCUAUUAACAGCUUAUCUAAGAAUCCAACCCAACAGUCCACCUGAUGACAGCGACUCUGCCAAGCGGAACAGAGGUAGGGAGCUGGCAGAAAAGUUGGCACCGCAUAGAGAGCAUCUUGGAGUUGGCAAUGACUUUGGUAGUGAGCAGUCCGGGUGGUUCCGCAUUACCUUUUCUCAACACCGUGCUCAACUCGAUGAGGGGCUGAAACGAAUUGUCAAAAGCCUUCGCUCUCAGGAGCUUGGGUAA